UGUCCUCCCGGUGUCACUGGUGAUCGCUGCCAAAUUCGUAAACUUAUCGCUUACUAUCCUCUAAAUGAGGAGUUUAAAGCACGAGAAAUUGACGAUAAGCAGCCAGCUGGAGUUUUAGGGCAGGUGGAGCUCGCUACUGGACCACAUGGGGAACCGAAUGGAUCCUACCAGUUUGCUGGUAACCCAAACAGUUUCAUCGAGUUCCCAAAUGACGGAGGACUCGACGCCCAGCACUCUAUAACACUAAUGUGCUGGGUUCAACCCGGUGGUCGAGAUGGACCGCUCUUUAACUACAAGAACUCUGGAGCUUGGGGAGUCCAUAUUUGGAUUGUUAACGGCAGGUUCUUCAACAGGAUCACCAAAUACCCAAAUCAUGCGUUUUUUAAAACUGAGAGGAUAUCAACCAACGAUGGGCAAGUUCGAAUGGGCGUCAAGAUUGGUGACCCCAGAUACUUUAAUGGCAAAAUAGCCCAGAUGAAAGUAUUUGACGUUGCUCUAGUUAAAGACGAUAUUAAAGCUGCCAUGAAUGAAGGUUUAGAUCCUUGUUCAGGAGAUCCUUGUGUCAACAAUGGCACGUGCGUAGAUAAUGGAGACAAUAUCUUCAAAUGUAUGUGUCCUCCCGGUGUCACCGGUGAUCGCUGCCAAGUUCGUUUAGAUCCUUGUUCAGUCUAUCCCUGUACCAACAAUGGCACAUGUGUGGAUAAUGGAGACACUACCUUCAAAUGCAUGUGUCCUCCCGGUGUCACUGGUGAUCGCUGCCAAGUUCGUUUAGACCCUUGUUCAGAAUAUCCCUGUGCCAACGAUGGCACAUGUGUGGAUAAUGGAGACAAUACCUUCAAAUGCAUGUGUCCUCCCGAUGUCACUGGUGAUCGCUGCCAAAUUCGUAUAGACCCCUGUUCAGAAUAUCCUUGCGUCAACGAUGGCACAUGUGUAGAUAAUGGAGACAAUACCUUCAAAUGCACGUGUCCUCCGGGUGUCACUGGUGAUCGCUGCCAAGUUCGUCUAGACCCCUGUUCAAAAGAUCCUUGCGUCAACAAUAGCACAUGUGUAGAUAAUGGAGGCAAUACCUUCAAAUGCAUGUGUCCUGCGGGUGUCACUGGUGAUCGCUGCCAAGUUCGUCUAGACCCCUGUUCAGAAUAUCCUUGCGUCAACAAUGGCACAUGUGUUGAUAAUGGAGACAAUACCUUCAAAUGCAUGUGUUCUCCCGGUGUCACUGGUGAUCGCUGCCAAGUUCGUCUAGACCCCUGUUCAAAAGAUCCUUGCGUCAACAAUGGCACCUGUGUAGAUAAUGGAGGCAAUACCUUCGAAUGCGUGUGUCCUCCUGGUGUAACUGGUGAUCGCUGCCAAGUUCGUAUAGACCCCUGUUCAGAAUAUCCUUGCGUCAACGAUGGCACAUGUGUAGAUAAUGGAGACAAUACCUUCAAAUGCAUGUGUCCUCCGGGUGUCACUGGUGAUCGCUGCCAAGUUCGUCCAGACCCCUGUUCAAAAGAUCCUUGCGUCAACAAUGGCACAUGUGUAGAUAAUGAAAACAAUACCUUCAAAUGCAUGUGUCCUCCUGGUGUAACUGGUGAUCGUUGCCAAGUUCGUCUAGACCCCUGUUCAAAAGAUCCUUGCGUCAACAAUGGCACAUGUGUAGAUAAUGGAGACAAUACCUUCAAAUGCAUGUGUCCUCCUGGUGUAACUGGUGAUCGCUGCCAAGUUCGUCUAGACCCCUGUUCAAAAGAUCCUUGCGUCAACAAUGGCACAUGUGUAGAUAAUGGAGACAAUACCUUCAAAUGCAUGUGUCCUCCUGGUGUAACUGGUGAUCGCUGCCAAGUUCGUAUAGACCCCUGUUCAGAAUAUCCUUGCGUCAACGAUGGCACAUGUGUUGAUAAUGGAGACAAUACCUUCAAAUGCAUGUGUCCUCCGGGUGUCACUGGUGAUCGUUGCCAAGUCGAUAUCGACGAGUGUCUGGACGAUAAAGGCCACUGUCAAGAUAUUUGUGUGAACACUAUUGGCAGUUAUUACUGCUCUUGCUCAGAUCCAGAAUUAAGCGUUGCACCAGACAAGCGACGUUGUAUUGCCGAGGGAGUGGAAGUAGACUGUGGCCAGGACGAAAUGACUAUUACUCUACCCAAGUCUCUCCUCUUGGGUCUUGACCGUGAGCACCUGAGACUAAUAGACGCGAAAUGCACAGCCACUGAAAACAAGACUCACUUUUUCCUUCAUACCGAAACCGGAAAGUGUGGUACAAUUCUGAAGCAUACCAAGGAUCACGCUAUAUACAGCAACAUGGUGUCCGAAAUCCCAUUAGAAGAGAAACAGAUUGUAACACGUGUGCGCGAUGCAAUGAUCCCUUUCCACUGCUAUUACUCGAAAUGGGGUGUGGUGUCCUCCAUUGGAAUCAGGCCAUCAAGCGAGAAGAUCGUUUUGUCUUCCAAGGGAUAUGGAAAGUUCACACUCAGUUUGGAUUUGUUCCGAAGGUCUCAAUUUAUUUCACCGUUCUCUCAGGACGACUUCCCUGUUGAAUUCACAAUUCGUGAACGAGUGUUUUUUGAAGCUCGUGUCGACACAGAGGACUCGCGAUUGUCAAUUUUAGCCCUUGAUUGCUAUGCCACCCCCUCACAGGACAGGAAUUCCCAGCCCAGAUAUGAUAUCAUUAAAGACGGGUGAUCGGUCGAUGAUGACGACACACUACAAUUCCAUGAAAGCCCCGACGACCAGUCUGAGCGCUUGAGCCUGGAGGCCUUUCAAUAUGUCAGCAAGCACCCGUAUGUGUUUUUCCAUUGUCAGGUCCAAAUCUGUAACGCUACGGAUCCUACCUCAAGAUGUGCACAAGGCUGCAUACAGAGAAGACGACGAAGCGAGAAGAUCCUUCAUGACAACCCAGAUGAUAUAUACGCUUUGUCCCAAGGUCCUCUUGCUCUGAACCGCGAGAAGGGAGGGGCGGAAAUGGAUGAGGCGGUUGCCUUGGAAAAGAACGUGUUCAAAGUUAAGACAGGUUUCAACGUGCCUGUUGCUGCCUCACUGGGUGUGUUCAUCGGAUUCUGCAUAGUGGGGAUGGCAUGGCUGAAGAUAACUAUGAAUAAAGAGGCAGCCAAAAAGCAGUUCAUACCACUUUACGAGGACCUGCAGAAAUGAUAACGUCCUAUAAGAUUACUUUUCCACUUUUGCUGAGUGUUUGAAAAAUUUGUGCAAUUCUAGUUAGAAUGUAUGUAUCUUUGAAAGCAGGGAUGGUGUAAUAGUGAGAGCGAUCGUCUCCCACCACUGUAGCCUGGGUUCGAUUCCCAGACCUAGUGUCACAUGUAGGUUAAGUUUGUUGUUUGUUAUCGUCCUUGCUCCGAGGGUUUUUCUCUGUGUCCUCCGGCUUUUCUCGCUCCACAGCAAACAGCAUUCUAAUUUCCAAUUCGAUCUGGAAACAGUGGGCAAGGAGAGCCAUCCCGUUGAAUGCCCCACUGCUAAAAGCCAUUUAUCAUUAUUAGUAUCAUUAUUAUUAUUAUUAUUAUUAUUGUUAUUAUUAUUAUUAUUAUUAUCUCUUAGUUUCCAACUGCUGGCAUAGAAAAACAGUCAUCAAUGAAAGGAGUAUUCUCGAUGUGAAAUCGUUUUUUAUAAUUAGUCAGAAGGAGUUUUUUCGUAUAAAAACCGUAGAAUUGAAAACACUUUAAGUUUCAUAACGUGUCCUCUACAAUCUUCCUUUACUGUCUAAUCAGACCAGCCUCGCCGGAUGAACGAUUUUUGUAACAAAAUGAAAUAAAUCAUUUUUUUAUAUGCCAGG